AAAGAUGAGCAGCGGCAAACGCCGUCUCUUUUGCUUUUGCACACGAAAACAUCAUCAGUACCAGUGACAGUACCAAGCACACAGUGACAAUUUUAGAGAGAGAAACCAAAGAAAAAGCUUAAGUACUUAUAGAGAGAGAAAGGUUAAAAAAAAGGAACACAUACCGAGAGAGAAUGUGAUAGAUUUCUAAUUCUAAAUUUCUAAUCAAUCAUUUCAGUUCACCGCUACAACGCGAGAGCGGAGUUUCUUCUCAGCGUUAGCAAAUGUCCGGCUGAGGGAUUUUGUUUUUUAGCCGUUGGAUCUUGUGAUUAAAGAUGAUGGGGAUUGUAUCUUCUGAUGAUGAUGGCUCUGAUCAGCAGAGCAACCGGUUUGGGAGUUACAGUUUGAGUGCCGACGUCAGCGAGUCCGAGAGUUGUUGCAGCUUUUCGUGUCGGCGAUUCGAUGGAGAAGGUUGUUCGAGUUCGAUGACGUCAUCUCCGAGGUUACCGGCUGUUGGAGGGUUCGGUUUUCAGGCGCCGGUGAUGUUGCCGGUGAUUGGAGGGAAGGAUGUCGUUAUUUGGAAUGAUGAUAAGCCUGAGAAACGGGACACCGAUUUGUCGGAAGUUGAGAUGAUGAAGGAGAGAUUCGCAAAGCUUCUUUUAGGAGAAGACAUGUCUGGAGGUGGGAAAGGAGUGUGCACUGCACUUGCCAUUUCAAAUGCAAUCACAAAUCUCUCUGCAACUAUCUUUGGUGAGCUGUGGAGGUUAGAGCCACUAGCACCGCAGAAGAAGGCAAUGUGGAGGAGAGAAAUGGAGUGGCUUUUGUGUGUGAGUGAUUCGAUUGUUGAACUUGUACCGUCAAUACAACAAUUCCCUGGAGGAGGCACAUAUGAAGUCAUGGUUACAAGCCCACGCUCAGAUUUGUAUAUAAACCUUCCUGCCCUUAAGAAGCUUGAUGCAAUGUUGAUUACCAUGCUUGAUGGGUUUCGUGAGACAGAGUUUUGGUAUGUUGAUCGGGGAAUAGUUGUGGGUGAUGGUGGUGACUCCGAUGCUUUUCCAUCAUCUGUUUCUGGAGGAAGGCCCUCAAUUAGACAGGAAGAGAAAUGGUGGUUACCAUGUCCAAAACUGCCUCCAAAUGGUUUGUCUGAGGAUGCAAGGAAGAAGUUGCAGCAAUGCAGGGAUUGCACAAACCAAAUUCUGAAGGCAGCCAUGGCGAUUAAUAGCUGUGUGCUGGCAGAGAUGGAGAUACCUGCUGCUUACUUGGAGACCUUACCAAAGAAUGGAAAAGCUUGUUUAGGAGAUAUCAUCUACCGUUACAUUACAGCUGGUCAGUUUUCGGCAGAAUGUCUACUUGAUUGCCUUGAUCUGUCAACAGAACAUCACACUCUGGAAAUAGCUAACAGGAUUGAGGCAGCAGUACAUGUUUGGAAGCAGAAAGAUCAGAGGAAACACGUGAAUCACAUCAAAGCUAGGCGCUCAUCAUGGGGUGGAAAGGUCAAGGGCCUUGUUGCUGUUAGUGAAAAGAAUAAUUUUCUGGUCCAAAGAGCUGAGACCUUGUUACAUAGCUUGAGGCUUCGUUUCCCUGGUCUUCCACAGACAGCACUGGAUAUGAACAAAAUUCAAUAUAAUAAGGAUGUUGGGCAAUCAAUUCUUGAAAGCUACUCAAGGGUGAUGGAGAGUUUGGCCUUCAACAUUAUGGCAAGAAUAGAUGAUGUCCUUUAUGUUGAUGAUGCUAUUAAGCGCAGUGCUGCUGUGGCAGAAACAAUCUCCCUUUUCAGCAGGAGCGGUUUGAGUGGUCUUCCAAUCCAGAAGCGAAUGUCUCCGAGCCCCUUCUCAAUUCAGCAUACUCCUUAUGCCUCUCCUUUUGCAACACCAACGUUCUGUUCUUCAACUCCACUCACUGGAAGCCCAGGAAGGGCACCUUCCUCUUUAAAGAGAAAUGUUCUUAAGGAGGAACCAGACUGGAAAUUCGAAAAACCAUAUGCGGCUGAAUUUGAGAGGGUGUGGUCAUAUGCAGGGAGCCUCAGCGCAAGAAGAGUUUCCGAAAAUGCUCCAGAGAGAGACUGAAAUCAAAGAUUCAUGACUUCAUUGGUGGCUGACAGGUUAAGAGAAAUCUGUGAUCUAAUCUUGUAUAUUUCUUAGCAUUAGGAAUAAUGGAAUAUCAGUCUCAAAAGUUUUGAAUUUUUUUUUUUUGAAAUUUAAAUCGUGUUAGUGAAAGGAAGAGGACUAUGCUUUAAUCGAACUGCUAUUCUUGGUCCUUUUUGGGUCGCAUUUUCAUGGCCAACUUUAUGGAUAAACAGAGGGCAUUUGACCACCAGAUGUCAUUCAAACUA